CUUCUCCUUCUUCGUGUCUCUCUCUCUCUCUCUGCGCGUAGGGCGUAGAGUGCAACUCCGUCGACCCAGCGAGCAAUGGCGUCUAAAACCCUAGUCAGGGCCGGAGCUUCGCUGAUGAACCGGUUUUUGAAAAAUACGUCGAGCACGAACCAUCAAAUAGCGACGACCUGCUUGGAAGGCACCCCCAUGCCAAUGAUUUUGCCACCGGUGCUGUCCAAGUCCCUGGAUUCUGUUCAUUUGCAUCGCAACGACCCCGAUUCGCUCAAAACAGUUUCUUCCCAUGCGUUCUUGUACCCUUGCGGCCUCCCUUCUCUCCGAUUCUUCUUGCCCGACGGCAACGAGUCUUCAUCAAGUGAACCAAUGCUCUUGUUCCCCAAAAGAACAUACCAACCCAGCAACAUCAGGAGGAAGAGGACUCAUGGAUUCUUUGCUCGCAAAGCAACCAAGGGUGGGAGACGGGUUAUUGCUAGGAGAAUUGCAAAGGGUCGGGCAAGAAUAACAGCAUAGCAACUCGUUAUUGUGGCCAAGGCUUCAGUAAAACUAAAUUCUUCAUCUUGGGUUUUGCGCUUGGAUGUGUUGAAGUUUGGUGACUCAAGUAAUGUAAACAGACUCUUCCUUUCUGGGCAAAUGCAACCAUCUUUUCUAUUGUUCUGCUCUUUUAUUCGAUUUAUGUAUUAGCCCUAAGGAAGUUUUCCCAUAUAGUUAGUAUUAGUCUACUAAUGAUGUUUAUUUUGAAUUAAUUUUCCCAUUCUGGAAUUAAGUUGUCUUGCUAGUCCGACCUCACCCAUGUUGCAACA